CUGCAGCUUCAUCUUGAGAGGGAUUGUUGAAAGGUAAUUUGCAUUUGAUAAAAUAAAUCAAUAAAUGGUCAAUCUUGGAGCUAAAUUUAAAAAGUCCAUUACUACAUGGGACAUAGUUGGUUGAGGAGCUUAUCAUGUUCCCAUCCUAUCAAUGAAGCAAUCAACAAGUUGGUUAUAAUGAGAAGGAAGUUGAUUGAUGAUAAAAAGACUCAACAACCGGUGCAUUAUGACAAGCAACUCACAUGGACAGCAAAAUGGAAAAGACUCAAUAGAUAAGCCAAACAAUGCAUGAGACAUAUAUUCAAUAUCAUGUCUUUUGCUCAUUUACGUUCAAUACAUGGAGGAAAGAUGAAGGGCCUGCAUUUGUGAGUUAUCGUUCUUAUCGUUCAUUUUCUUUCACCAAAUGUUUGCUUUGUCUUGAUCCAAAAUUACCAUUACAUCCGCAAAUACCCAAGAAAUUUGGUAUUAGAGUUAAUACCCUUCUAUCCUCUAAAAAAACCCACCUUUCUAGCUUACACAAACUUUCUCAAAAAAAGCCAUGGCAACAACUUCAUCAAAUACCAUGUUUGCUACCUCCUCUAAUCAAAUUCUCAUUUUCGAUGGAGAAUUGUACGAGUACAGGAGUGCCCAAAUGGAGCCAAUUUUCACCUCUCAAGAUUGAUCUGUGGGAUAUAGUCCAAGAAGGAUAUGGAGAUCCACAAGACGAGGAUGAAGACUCGAAAAAACGAGCAGGCAAGCAGAUAAAGGAGUACAAGGAGAAUGACAAGCAAAAUGCCAGCGCCUUGAGAAUCAUUCAGCAAGCAGUGAGCAAAUCUAUUUACCCAAGAAUCUAUGGGAUGUCUUGCGUAAACAAUUUCAAGGUUCUGAAAAGUCGAUCUCCAUCAGGCGACAAAGUUUAUGGCGCCAGUUCGACAACUUGAUGAUGAAGGAACUCGACACCAUCAAAGACUUCCAUUCGCGUGUGGCGGAGACAGUCAACCAGAUCAAAGCCACCGGUGACGUCAUGGAAGAAAGAAAAUUGUGGAGAGAAUUCUCCACAGUUUUUCAUCAAAGUUCGAGCAUAUUGUUGCUGUCAUUGGAGAAAACAACGAUUUGGCAAAUCUACCAAUGAGCAAGUUGAUGGGCUCACUUGUAGCACAUGAGCAAAGAAUGAGCCGAUUCACCAAACCGCCAAUUGAGCAAGCUUUCUCGUCAAAAGUAAACAUAACGGAAAGUAAAUAUGCCAAAUCGGA